AUGUUAUUAGAGGCUCGCCUGGAUGCUGCAGCGAUUCGUCGUCAACCAGCCCCUCCUCCCCCCGACACUCCCCCCAACAGCAGCAGCAGCAGCAGCAACGACAGCAGCAGCAGCAACGACAGCAGCAGCAGCAGCAGCAGCAGCAAUUAUAUAGAUCCAAUAUAUUUAGAUAUGUAUUUAUUAUUAAUAGAUUCUUUUAUGAUGUUAUCUGUAAAAUUAGCAAAGUGUUUUGUUGCAUUAGAUAAAACAGACGAAGCAAUUCAUGUACUACAAAGGUGUGUAGAAGCAACAGAGAAAUCAUUUAGAUCUUUUAUUGGUAUACGUGAUGCAGCAGCCCGUCUCCUUUUGUCUGAAUUAUUAAGGAAAAAAAAGAGACAAUUAGAGGCAGAUUGUCUCCUUUUAUCUGUCUCCUUUGAUGGUCUAUGGAGACAAGAAAGAAUUGAACAGCCUCUGUCUGCAGAAGAACGAGUAGAACAAUACAGACAAUUACAGGCAGCAUUUGCAAGAAGAGAGGCCCUUACCUCUUCUUCCUCUGCUGCUGCUGCUGCUGCUGCUGCUGCAACAGGAGCAGCAGGAGCAACAGGAGAAACAGCAGCAGCAGCAGCAGCAGCAGCAGCAGCAGCAGCAGCAGAGGAAGAGGAUGCAAGUCUUGCUGCUCGCUUCCUGUCUCUUGUUACUGAUUGCGAAUUAGAUACAAAAAGGGUACAAAGAGAGGCACAGCAAAGAAGAGUAGAGGCAGCACAAGAUUUAGGGGGCCCCCCUACAGGGGGCCCCCCAGGGGCCCCCCCGGGGGCCCCAACAAACGGUUCGACAGGGUCCGUUCCAGGUGUCCCCUCCAUAGAUGGGAUAGGGGGGGGCCCCGGAGGGGGCCCCCAUGGGGGCCCCCCUCAUCAAGGGGGCCCCCAAGAAGGACUAGAGGCAUAUUGUACAUUUAUAUCUCGAGAAUUAAGUUUAGAGGGAGGAAUGCAUAGAUUAUCAUUAGCUUGUUUGCGGCGUUUGCUGCAGAGAAGAUUAAGAAAAGAAGUGUCUCCUUUGUCUCUCCUUGGUGCCUAUGGUAGAUUAUUAUUUGCGCAUGCAGAUUGCAGCAAUAGUAGCAGCAGCAGCAGCAGCAGCAACAGCAGCAGCAGCAACAAUAAUUUAAGGGAAAGAGAUGUUAUGCUAGAAAAUAGGAUCGUCAUGGUGCUGUAUUAA